AUGUCUCUUGUUGCGCCGGACCCUUCGCAGCAGUUUGCUCACAUUCUUCGUCUCCUCAACACCAACGUUGAUGGCAAGCGCAAGAUCCAAUACGCCCUUACCGAGAUUAAGGGUGUGGGUCGUCGCUACUCGAACAUUGUCUUGAAGAAGGCCGACAUUGACCUUAACAAGCGCGCCGGUGAGCUUAACUCGGACGAGCUUGAGCGUGUGGUCAACAUCCUCCAGGCCCCUGACGAAUUCAAGAUCCCCAGCUGGUUCCUUAACCGGCAGAAGGAUUUCAGCUCGGGCAAGAACUACCAGGUGCUUUCUAACAAUGUCGACUCUAAGCUUCGUGAAGAUCUUGAGCGCUUGAAGAAGAUCCGUGCUCACCGUGGUCUCCGCCACUACUGGAACUUGCGUGCCCGUGGUCAACACACCCGUACCACUGGUCGCCGUGGCCGCACAGUUGCGAACAAGAAGAAGUAA